AUGGCAAGAUAUUCUAAAGGAACAAAAGUGGAUAAGAUCUCUGGAAAGAAAACUAGCAAAAAAUCUGUAAAAAACCCAAUUUUUGCUAAAAAGGAAACUUCAAAUGACCUUGUGGAACAAGUUUGCGAUCCAAAAACUGAUCUUUUGAUAGAUAGUAAAAUAAGAUAUGAUCUUCUAACCAAUGAGUUGUUUCAUUUAAAAGAAUAUGUCUCUUUAGUUGGAUUCGAUCCAUUGCAUUCGAAUGACAAUAAUAUGACAUUUCAAAAGUUCCUUAAGGCUGAAGGGUUUUCUUUAGAUGAAAUAAAAUAUAUAGUUCAAGGGGAUGAAUCUUCUAAUAGUCAACGGCACAUGAAUGAUGAUCCUAAUACAAUCCCAAAUAAGAAUAACAAUAUUAAUAAUACAAAUGAAAAUGUGAGAAUACGAAGAAUAAGAAGUCUAAGAUCUUCCAGUCUAUCACCCACAAAUAAUGAAAAUGACAUUAGUAAUAAUAACAAUAACAACAAACAUAUCAAAGAUCUAGCAUAUAAAUUAGAAAAGAUUCAACCGCUCGUUUCUCAACGAUUAAAUGAUAUUGUGUUUUCCAAGGAUAACAAAUUUAUAUUAAUACCGAAAAAUAAAACAAGUGAAAAUAAUAAUAUUAGCAGUAUUAAAAAAUAUGAUAAUAGAAAGAUCAAUGAUAUUACUUAUACUACUACUACUAUUACUGAUAAUAAUAAUAAUAACAUAAAAAAGGAAUUAGAUAAUCAAAAACUUUUAUUAUCUCCAGGAAAAUGUAAGAAGAGAAAAUAUGACGUUGUUACAAAACAGUCUGAAACUAUUAAUCAUGGAAUAAAAAGCAAAUCUAAUGUUUCAGUUGAUAGAAUUGGAAAUGAAAAGAAUGGUCAAAUCGUUAAGAUAUCAAAGCUCUAUGAUGAUUCUACUGUUGAUGACGAAUAUUAUUAUUUUACAGCCUCUUCUGACGAUGAAUUACCAAAAAAGAAAAUUGCAAAGAUCAAAAAGACAUCUAGUACUCUACCUCGAAUCCAUUUAUAUGUUAACCCACCAAAACAGACUGUUGUUAAUCCAGAAAAUAUUGUAAUUAGAAAAUAUAAAAAUGUUCGAGAAUAUUUGAAUACUUUCAAAUCAUUGGAAGAAGACAUGACAUUAGAGGAAUAUAAUUCAUUUAUCCAAGAUUUACGAACACAAGUUACGUUAAUUAGAGAAGGAUUAGAAAAAAACAUUUUGAAAUAUGAUUUAGACAGCAAUUCCUUUCAGCCUGUUACUACUAAAGAAACAAAAACAUCGCAAUUUAAUAAACCAGAUCCAAUCUCUUAUUUUUAUAAAGAACAAAAUAAACACACUUUUGAUGAAUUCUUGGUGAAUCAAGGUAUCUACAUGAGUAAACUUUUCCAAAAUUCAAAGAAGGCAAGGAUUGCUCGUGCUAAAAAAGUAUCACAAAUGAUCGAACAACAUUUUAAACAUAUUGCUAGCGCUGAUGAAAGAAAACGUAGAGAGGAGGAAAAACAGAGAAAAUCUAUUGGUAGGACAAUCACCCAAGCAGUUAAGAAAAGGUGGAAUCUUGCUGAAAAGGCAUAUCGUGUAUUAAAAAGAGAAGAAGAUGAUAAACUGAAAACUAUUCAAGGUAAGAAACAUCUUUCGAAAAUGCUUGAAAAGAGUACUCAAUUACUAGGUGCGCAAUUGAAUAAGCAAGAUAAAGUAUCUGAUGAAGAGCUUAGUGAUAGGGGUUCUAUACGUUUGUAUAAUAACAGUGAAAAUAAUGAAUUAAAUUCAGACACAUAUGAUGAUGACUUUUUAUCUAGUUCUUCAAUAGAGGAAGAAGAUAAUGAUGUUAUAGGAGUUGAAUCAAGAACAAAUGAUGAAAAUAAUAAAAAACAAGAAAAAAGUGAUAGGCAAUUAUCCACUAAGGAACUUCAAGAAAAAUAUAAUAAAAUGAAAGAGAAUAAUGAAAUAAAUUUAAGUGAAAGUGAUGAUAGCUCGUCGAUGUUAACUGAUGAGAAUGAAGAUUCCAAUGUUUCUUCAGCUUCAGACAAUGAAGAUAGCACUGAGGAAAAUAGUAAAUUCAAACCAAAUUGUUCUACAGGAUUAAGUAGCCUUUUUGAUAAUAAUAUGGAUGGCAGUGAUUUGGAUGAUUCUGAUGAUUUCGUGAUGUCAGAGACAGAUGAUAGUGAUUUUAACAACCAGCAUACAAUUAAAAAUGAACUAAAUCUUAAAUUAGAUAAUUGUACAAAAGAUGAACACUUUGAAGUUACUAAACCUCUAGAUAAUUACAAUAAAGAAUUACAAUUAGAAGAUGAACAACUUAGUGUCGUUGAUGUACCUGUUCCAUCAUUAUUGCGAGGUACACUAAGAACAUAUCAGAAACAAGGGCUGAAUUGGUUAGCAUCGUUAUAUAAUAAUCACACAAAUGGUAUUCUAGCAGAUGAAAUGGGUCUUGGUAAAACUAUCCAAACUAUUUCAUUGUUAGCAUAUUUAGCAUGUGAAAAACACAUUUGGGGUCCACAUUUAAUCGUUGUUCCAACAUCUGUCUUAUUAAAUUGGGAAAUGGAAUUUAAAAGAUUUGCACCUGGGUUGAAAGUUCUGACUUACUAUGGUUCUCCUCAACAACGUAAAGAGAAGAGAAAGGGUUGGAAUAAACCAGAUGCAUUUCACGUGUGUAUCGUCUCAUAUCAACUAGUAGUACAAGAUCAAAACUCAUUUAAACGUAAAAAAUGGCAUUAUAUGGUUUUAGACGAAGCCCAUAAUAUAAAAAAUUUUAGAUCCAAUAGGUGGCAAGCCUUACUUAAUUUUAAUACAGAGAGAAGGUUGCUAUUAACAGGUACACCGCUCCAAAAUAAUUUAGCUGAAUUGUGGUCAUUACUUUAUUUUUUAAUGCCUCAAACAAUUGUUGAUGGUAAGAGGGUUUCAGGGUUUGCAGAUUUAGAUGCAUUUCAACAAUGGUUUGGACGGCCAGUGAAUAAGAUUAUUGAAACAAGUGGUGGUUAUGAACAUGAUCUAGAGACAAAACAAACAGUUGAUAAAUUACAUCAAAUCUUAAGACCUUACUUAUUAAGAAGAUUGAAAAAGGAUGUUGAAAAGCAAAUGCCGGCAAAAUACGAACAUAUUGUUUACUGUAGAUUAUCGAAAAGACAAAGAUAUUUAUAUGAUGAAUUCAUGUCAAGAUCUCAAACAAAGGAAACUUUAGCCAGUGGCAAUUUUAUGUCAAUUGUGAACUGUUUGAUGCAAUUAAGAAAGGUGUGUAAUCACCCUGAUUUAUUUGAAGUAAGACCAAUCGUCACAUCAUUUGCUACAAAACCAUCUGUUACAUUCGAUUAUAAUAAUGGUUGGAGAGACGGUUCUCUUAUACCAAAAAUGUUACCGAAUAUCUGUGAAAAUCGAGUAAACCUACAUAAUUUAAACCUAAUCUUUACACAAAAUGAGCUCAAUAUUACUGGCCACCAUGCAAAAACCAUAUCAAAAUUAGCAUGUGUCGAAGAUUUUGUAAAAGAAGUUAACCUACUUAGAAAAAAAGAACACAUGCAAAAUAUUGAGACGAAUUUAAGUGUAUCUAUUGUUUUACAAAACCCCAAAAACUUUUAUGAACUUUUUACCCGAAAUAAGACUAGUGACAUGAUUCAAAGAAUUGAAUUCCAAAAAUAUAUCAACAUUUUAAGAUGUAAUCGAAAACCUAUUUAUGGUAAUAGUCUCCUUAAAUUAUUAACCAUUAACCAAACAGUUUCAGAUUUAGAAAAUAUAUCAUAUCCGUUGAUUACACCUUUACAAACAAGAUUUUUAACAGAGAAACAAACAAUUGAUAAUUAUGCGAUUUUAACACCCAAUGCAGUUUCAUUAGACAUACGUAAAAUGACUUUAGGUAUUGAUGAUUCAAGUUUAAGACCUACAAAUCAGAAGAAAAAAUUGAUUACAGAAUUAUCUAGAAUGGAUAACCCAUUUCACCAUUUACAGACAAAAUUAACUAUUGCAUUUCCAGAUAAAAUGUUGUUACAGUAUGAUUGUGGUAAACUUCAAAAAUUGGCCACUUUAUUACAGGAAUUGAAGGACAAUGGACAUAGAGCUUUAAUAUUUACUCAAAUGACUAAAGUUUUGGAUAUUUUGGAACAGUUUUUAAAUUAUCAUGGUUAUUUGUAUAUGAGAUUAGAUGGUGCUACAAAAAUUGAAGAUCGUCAAAUUUUGACCGAAAGAUUUAAUACGGAUCCCAGAAUUACAGUUUUCAUUCUUUCUAGUAGAUCGGGUGGUCUUGGUAUUAAUUUGACCGGUGCAGAUACCGUAAUAUUUUAUGAUUCUGAUUGGAAUCCUGCUAUGGAUAAACAGUGCCAAGAUCGUUGUCAUAGAAUAGGCCAGACACGAGAUGUUCAUAUAUAUAGAUUUGUUAGCGAGCAUACUAUUGAAAGCAAUAUCCUUAAAAAAGCUAAUCAAAAAAGGCAACUGGAUAAUGUUGUUAUCCAAAAAGGUGAUUUUACUACAGAUUAUUUCAGUAAAUUAUCAGUGCGUGACUUAUUUGGAUCAGAAUUGACCGAAGAUAUUGAUAAUACUGAUAAACCUUUACUUUUGGAGACACCAGAAGUCAAUAGAGAUCCCAAGAAUUUGGAAAAAUUGUUGGCUCAAGCUGAGGAUGAAGACGAUGUUAAAGCUGCUAAUCUUGCUAUGAAAGAAGUUGAUAUUGACAACGAAGAUUUUGAGGAAACAUCAGAACUUGAUUCUGCAAACGGCACUACAAAGGACAUAGAUGAAUACGAGGGUACCAACCAUAUAGAGGAAUACAUGUUAAGAUUUAUUGCAAAUGGGUUCUAUUCAUAA